AUGGGUAAAUUUGAAGAAGGCACAGGGAUCACUCCCAAACAAAUACAGAAGGAAGUUUCUGAAAGAUUUGGUUGUGAAAUUAGCUAUUGGAAGGCCUAUCAGGCAGGUAUAAUUGCUAAGGAAUUCGUAAGGGGGUCAGCGGACGAUGGGUAUUCGAAAUUGAUUCCUUAUAGUUGGAUCGUACAUAGAACAAACCCCGAAAGCAAGACAGACUUAAACCUCGAUGAGGAGGGGAGAUUCUUAUAUUACUUCUUAGCUUUUGAAGCAUGGAUCAGGGGAUUUAAGCACAUGAGAAAGGUCAUAGCAGUUGAUGGCACACACUUAAAGAGAAAGUAUGGAGGUGUUUUGUUGACUGUUGUAGCACAAGAUGUGGAGAACCAUGUUUUCCCAGUGGCCUGUUGUGUGGUUGACUACAAGUGUGAUGCCUCUUGGAAUUACUUUUUCCAACAGUUGCUUGACAUUGUGCCUAACAGCUUAGAUUUUUGCAUAAUAUCUGAUAGGCACCUCAGUAUUAAGAAGGCUAUACGAGAUGUUUACACCAAUGCUCACCACGGUGUUUGCACAAGGCAUCUUUGUGAGAGAAUGAGUGGGAGGUUCCAUAACGGAUCCUUCGAGAAAUUCUUUUACAGAGCAGCAAAAGCAUAUACCUCGGAGGUUUUCUAUGAUCACUUUAGUGAAAUACAGCGCGUUGCAACGAAUGUAGCUGAUUGCCUUAGGGAUGAAGUUGGGUUCGAUAAAUGGAGCAGGGCAUUUUUUCGGGGGAAUAGAUUUGAAGUGCUGACGUCAAACAUUGCUGAAUCAUUCAACUCAAUGUUUCUAGUAGAGAGAGAGUUCCCCAUAACUGACCUUUUCAAUGCCAUUAAUACGAGGUUUGCUACCAAAUUCAAUGAAAGGCGUACCUUUGCGAAAAAUCUCCUAAAAUGUGCCAUGCCUCGUUCUGAAACAAGGAUAAAAGAGAAUGGAAGCGAAGUUAUCGAUGUGGAGAAGCUCCCGUGCCCACAUGCCAUAGCAGCUCUGAGUAAGAGGUAUCCAGAUACAUUUGGAGACUCUGUUUAUAACCACUCUUCUGCAUAUUACUCCGCAGAUACAUACUACAAAGUAUAUGAAGGUGAUAUUGUCCAAAUUCCUCAUGAUACAGUAAAAUGUAUUUUUGUUGUUGGUCUAUUGGUCUAUUGCCCUUUUGUAGUUUAUGGAUGCAGGGAUUGUAUUUCUAUUGCCCUUUUGUUUUUAUAUGGCUACAGUGUAUUUAUAAUUGUUAUUGGUCUAUUUAUAACUGUUGUUGGUCUAUGGUAA